AUGACCUCCAAUGAGGGUAACCAUCCCGGCCGGGUGUCCGAGCCAGAGAGCGACGAACCCGAAAUACCCAGACCCGUGACCGACCAGAUUCUUGCCAUUACAGCAGUGACACCUGCCUCCGACUCCGAUCACGAAGCCGACGGUGACGACAACAUGGACGAAGCAUCGGCUCUCCGGAACCUUACAUCUAAUGUGCGCAACCAAGAUGACCUCGAACGCGACAUCACCUACCAAGCCAAUCUCGCUCUGAUCGACGCCGAGGACAAGAGGGACGAGAAGCGCAUAGAGAAGGCCCAAGCCAACAUCGUGCGACUCGAAGCCCAGAAGAAGACACAACAGGAGCGUUUCCGCAAAGCCAUCGGCAAACCCGAAGUGAAGCAGAGGAUACGAGAUGAGAUAGCCCGGAUAGAUUCCGACAUCGACCUGAACGACAAGGACAUUGCCGACUUCCACGCUCGCAUCGAACAGAGACACCAGGAUGGCGAACAGGCCGACCAGAUACAGGGGGGGAACAAGAAGUUACCGAACGAGAGCCAUCGCGAGUUCCUCAUUCGUACGGGCAAAAUAACCCCUUUCGCCAAUAUUGGAGGGCCGCGCACAGACGGUAUCAACGGAGAGCUGGCCAAUGCUCUGGUCGACGCUGAGGAGGAAGCCGUGGCAGAGGAAUUGGAAGAAAAGGCCGGCUACGAACCACGAUCCCACCAGAACUUACGUGCACCUGGUUUUGCGGAAGAACCUGAGCUACCUACUGCAGCAGCAGAGACCGAGUUCUCGUUGCGCCCGCGCAAGAAGCGCCGCAUACAGAAAGGCAUUGCCUCAUCAGAUGAUUUCACACCGCAAGCCUCAGAUGCGCCCGAAGCAGACUUUGUCGCAUACGACCAAGAAUCAGAAGACUAUGACAUGACCGAGCGUCCUCGCAAGAAGCCCAAGAAAACUCCACAAGACGAUGGGAAGGUGGAUGUCACCAAGUUCGAUGAUGGCAUUGAGGCGAAUUAUCAGACCCGGCUUGCAGACUGGGUUGACAGACGCAGUAGAGCGAGGCUUCGGCAGCAACAAGAUAAUGACGAAGAGCAACCUGAGCAAGCUGAAGAUGUUGCCACCAACGAAAAAGAAUGGUUCAAACCUUCACCGGACCAGCCCGACCACCAAUUCGACAACGGGCUGAAGCUUCCAGGCGAUAUAUACCCUGCUCUCUUCGACUACCAGAAGACCGGAGUACAAUGGUUAGCAGAACUCUACUUCCAGAAAGUCGGAGGUAUCAUUGGCGAUGAGAUGGGUCUUGGAAAGACGGUCCAACUCAUAUCCUUCAUUGCCGCACUGCAUUACAGCAAGCAGCUAGACAAGCCGGUCAUUGUAGUUGCACCAGGUACAGUCCUGAAGCAAUGGGUCAACGAGUUCCAUCGCUGGUGGCCACCGUUACGUGUGUCAAUUCUCCACUCAUCCGGCAGCGGCAUGUUCAAUGUCAGGAACGAGGAUAGAAUUGAGGAUGAGGAAGUGGCUUGGGACCAGAGGGGCAGCGAUCGGAAAGUGAGCAAGGCUGCUAAAAGAAUCGUCGAUCGAGUCGUAAAACAUGGCCAUGUCCUAGUCACUACGUACGCGGGUCUACAAACCUACGGAGACGCCUUGAUUCCAGUCGAAUGGGGAUAUGCUGUUCUAGAUGAAGGCCACAAGAUUCGAAACCCGAACACGGCUAUUACCAUCUACUGCAAAGAGCUGCGAACCCCUAAUCGAGUCAUUCUCUCCGGGACCCCAAUGCAAAAUAACCUCAUGGAACUCUGGUCUCUGUUUGACUUCGUCUUCCCUAUGCGGCUCGGUACACUGGUCGACUUCCGGAACUCAUUUGAGAUACCCAUCAAGAUCGGCGGUUAUGCCAAUGCUAGCAAUCUGCAGAUCAUGACUGCACAGAAAUGUGCAGAGACCCUCAAGGAUGCCAUCAGCCCCUAUCUGCUCCAGCGACUCAAGGUUGACGUUGCGGCUGACCUUCCCAAGAAGAGCGAACAGGUUCUUUUCUGCAAGCUUACCCGAUCGCAACGUGAUGCAUAUGAGCUCUUCCUAAAAUCGGAAGACAUGAACUCGAUCAUCAAAAGGACCAGGCAGUCACUUUACGGGAUUGAUAUCCUUCGGAAGAUUUGCAAUCACCCUGACUUGCUCGACCCUCGUCUGAAGUCGAAGGCUGAGUACAAAUGGGGCGUAGCCAGCAAGUCCGGGAAGAUGCAAGUCGUGAAAGCCCUUCUACAUACAUGGAAGAGACUUGGACACAAGACACUCCUAUUCAGUCAAGGUGUGCAAAUGCUGGAUAUACUUGAAGCUUUUGUGCGUCGUCUGGACAACGUUUCGUACCUUCGUAUGGAUGGCGGAACUGCCAUCAAAGAUCGACAGAAUCUUGUGGAUCAGUUCAACAACACCCCCGAGAUCGAUCUCUUCCUGCUCACCACGAAAGUCGGUGGUUUGGGCGUAAAUCUCACCGGUGCUAACCGAGUCAUCAUCUUUGAUCCUGACUGGAACCCAUCCACCGAUGUACAGGCCCGUGAGAGAGCAUGGCGCCUUGGUCAGAAGAAGGAGGUCACAAUCUACCGCCUGAUGACUGCGGGCACUAUUGAGGAGAAGAUAUACCACCGGCAGAUCUUCAAGCAGUUCCUGAGCAACAAGGUCCUGAAAGAUCCCAAGCAGCGUACAAGUUUCCAUCUCAACGAUUUGCAUGACCUGUUCACACUGGGGUCGUCUGAGGAGGCGUCGACCGAGACGGAGAAGUUGUUUCAGGGAUCCGAAGUCAAGUUCAGAGAGUCACUGACUAAGAAUGGGGCCGAAAAUCCAACCAGAGAAGCCCCCGGGACAUCGGAUGCAAGUGAGGUCCAGGGAGAACCAGCUAACGCCGAAGACACCCAAGACGUUCGGGCUAUCACUGGAGUUGCCGGCCUUGAAGAUUACGAAACAGAUCCGGCCACCCAGCCAGCGGCCAAUGACGAGGAUCGGAUCAUGGAGGGCCUGUUCGCUCGCUCGGGCGUCCACCAGGCACUCGAGCACGACAGGAUUGUCAAUGGCUCAGGCAAGCCCCAAGCCGACCGCCGAAUACUGCAGCAGGAAGCCAACCGCGUCGCAGCAGAGUCAGCCGCGGCCCUCCGUCGGGCAGGCGAGCAAGCACGCUCGAUCCCCAUCGGCACCGUGACCUGGACGGGCGAAGUAGGCGAAGGCGGCCGCCCGUCGAACGUCCGCCGAGGCCGCGGCGGCCCCGGCUCCGCCGCCAUCCUGGCCGGCCUCUCCAACCGGCAGGGACUCAACAACACCACCAAGCCACCGUCGAGUAGCGGCGCAAGCUCGCGCGCGGGCACGCCCACGACGACGAUGCGCGCGCGCGACUUCGAGAAGUUGAUCCCGGACUUCAUCAGGCGCCACGGGGGCAAGGUGCCGACCAAGCUGCUGGUCGACCACUUCAACCCACUGUGCGUCACCAACCAGCAGUCCAACGAGUUCAAGGCGGCGCUGAACCGCGUCGCGCGCAUGGACAAGAAGGGCUCCAGCAUGCGCGCUAUUUGGGCGCUCAAGUAG